CCGCCGGGAGCCGGAGGCGGCGCGGGAUCGCGGGAGCGCACACCUAGACCCAGUGCCGCUCCGGCUGCGAGGGAGCCGCGCGCCGCGUCCGGACCGCACGCGGCAGCGAGGAAGAGAGGCUGACCCAGGACCCACAAACACCUGCAACUAUCCACCGCCUGGUGUGCAAAUCCCUGGCUGUACCUGACGUCCAAGCAAGCGGCCAGGCAUGGGGUGUUUGGGCAACAGCAAGACGUCAGAAGACCAGGGCGUCGAUGAAAAAGAACGACGCGAGGCCAAUAAGAAGAUCGAGAAGCAGCUGCAGAAGGAGCGCCUGGCUUACAAAGCGACUCACCGCCUGCUGCUGCUGGGGGCUGGUGAGUCUGGGAAAAGCACUAUCGUCAAACAAAUGAGGAUCCUGCACGUCAAUGGAUUUAAUCCUGAGGAAAAGAAACAGAAAAUCCUGGACAUCCGGAAAAAUGUCAAGGAUGCUAUUGUGACAAUUGUUUCGGCGAUGAGCACUAUAAUUCCUCCAGUUCCACUGGCCAACCCAGAAAACCAGUUCCGAUCAGACUAUAUCAAGAGCAUAGCCCCCAUCACUGACUUUGAAUAUUCCCAGGAAUUCUUCGAUCACGUGAAGAAGCUGUGGGACGACGAGGGGGUGAAGGCCUGCUUCGAGAGGUCCAACGAGUACCAGCUCAUUGACUGCGCCCAGUAUUUCCUGGAGAGAAUUGACAGCGUCAGCCUGGUGGACUACACACCCACGGACCAGGACCUGCUCAGGUGCAGAGUUCUGACCUCAGGGAUUUUUGAGACACGAUUCCAAGUGGACAAAGUCAACUUCCACAUGUUUGAUGUCGGAGGCCAGAGGGACGAGAGGAGGAAAUGGAUCCAGUGCUUCAAUGACGUCACCGCCAUCAUCUACGUGGCUGCCUGCAGCAGCUACAACAUGGUGAUCCGGGAGGACAACAACACCAACAGGCUGCGGGAGUCCCUGGACCUCUUCGAAAGCAUCUGGAACAACAGGUGGUUACGAACCAUCUCCAUCAUCUUGUUCCUGAACAAGCAGGAUAUGCUGGCGGAAAAGGUCUUGGCAGGGAAAUCAAAGAUUGAAGACUAUUUCCCGGAGUAUGCAAAUUACACUGUUCCGGAAGAUGCAACACCAGAUGCAGGAGAGGAUCCCAAAGUCACGAGAGCCAAGUUCUUCAUCCGGGACCUGUUCUUGAGGAUCAGCACGGCCACGGGCGACGGCAAGCACUACUGCUACCCGCACUUCACCUGCGCGGUGGACACGGAGAACAUCCGCCGCGUCUUCAACGACUGCAGGGACAUCAUCCAGCGCAUGCACCUCAAGCAGUACGAGCUCCUGUGAGGCCGGCCCGCUCCCCUCGCCACAGCAGGAAGCAGUGAGUCCCAUCCCAGCCACGUGGCCGGCCGCCUCUGUCCCCUCGGGUUUGGGCUGCAUCUCUGUCUCCCGCCUCCCGCCCCGUCUGUGGCCGCAGACCACCCGUUCUCCCUCGGAUGACCCUGGGGUGGGGCCCCUCUGACUCCUGAGCACAGGGCAGAUAGGGACACACUCAAGUCUGAUGUGGGGGCACGUGGGUGACACGAGAGGCUUCGGGCAAACAGGUGGCCACCUUUCUGUGCCAGCUGGCCCCCGACUCUGAGUCGACCCCAAGCCACAGAGGGGACAGAACCCCGUCCAGCCCUAGUUGCAGGGCGGCCAGCCUCAGGCCCUUGAACCCAGCCCCCCUGACCUCCCACAUUUAGGCAGAAGCCCACACGCGCCCCUAAGUACACCCCGUCUCAUGACUCCCUGGACCUGCUCUGCUCGGGCAGCAGCCUCCACCACAGGUUCUUUUUGUUGUUGUUUUACGGCUGGUUUAUUAUACUGUACAGACCACAAGAUGUACUAUUAUUUUGUAUAACUACUCAAGAGAAACCCUGUAGAUCUUUGUGCCUUGCCUCUGGCUGUCCCUGUAAAAAGAAUGUCGUGCUGACCAGCUGACCACCGUUACCUGCCGCCAGCUCGAGGAGGAAUGAUGGUGUGGGGCAGGGUUUGGGCUAUUUUAUCAGGUUGGUACUUUUUACAAAACUCCUUGAUAACUAUAUAUACACACACAUUUAUAUAAACGUAAAUUAUACACAUUAAGCAUCCACACCUCACAAAAUGCCAUACCCACAUCCCAAGCUUCUUUCAGGAUGUUUUUUCUGUCCAGACAACAUAUUUCUCAAUUAUUUUGCUAUUCAAAGACUUUUACGGAGUUCCCGUCGUGGCGCAGUGGUUAACGUAUCUGACUAGGAACCAUGAGGUUGCAGGUUCGAUCCCUGCCCUUGCUCAGUGGGUUAACGAUCCGGCGUUGCCGUGAGCUGUGGUGUAGGUCGCAGACGCGGCUUGGAUCCCGCGUUGCUGUGGCUCUGGCGUAGGCUGGCAGCUAUAGCUCCGAUUAGACCCCUAGCCUGGGAACCGCCAUAUGCCGCAGGAGCGGCCCAAGAAAUGGCAAAAAGACAAAAAAAAAAAAAAAAAAAAAAAGACUUUUACAAGGUCACCCUUUCCCUCAGUCAAAGUUUUCGAACCACUUACUUGAUAACAGGUCCCAUUGUAAACAAACAGCAAGAAAAACACAAGGGUUUGAAAAGGCUUGUGUCUGGCCUUGGAGAAUCAAAGGAUAGAGUCCUAUUCACCUUUUGAAGAAGAAACAAUACAAAACCUUUAUUUGAAAUAUGAAGUCAGAAUUACGUUGCUGUUUGUCAAACUUGAAAGAUUUGCAAAUGCAGCCUCACCCGUCAGGCUCGGCUCCGGCGUGAGACCUUAGAAAGCUGUUCACGUUCUGUCCCAGCCUUGAGGGUGGUUUUCUCAGGUCAGAGAGGAUUUGUUAAGAUGUCCAACGUUGUAUUUCAACGCAAAUGCAGAGCAGGGCAGCCCAGCCUGCAUUAUUACUUCAUUAAUCUAGUCUUUUAGUCUUUCAUAUUUUAAAGUUUGUAAGUCAGCCCUUCUGAUACUGAUUAAUCAACUCGUCCACAUUUACAGACUACUCUCCCAUCAAAUACAGGAUGUCACAGACCAUGCAUCAUCACAUUCUUAACAUCAUUAGCACCCAAUUCCUAUUCCUCUCAUCCUUGACUAUUUCAUAAAACACUCGAUUGAACUGAGUGAGACAUACAAAGUGGAAAUGAUUUUGAGUUUCCACUGCAUUUUCAAGUAAAACACAACAUGAAGAAAAUCCAAAGAGAUACAGCCCCACAUAUACACACACACACACAAAAAUGAAGUUGGAUAUUGUUAUAUCCAGUUCUCCUGUGACUAAAAUUCCUACUUAAUGAAGAGCCAGACGCUUAGAAACAAACACAAAGAGUAAAUUUUAUCUGGCUUAAAAUUGCCAAGGCAUGUUUAUUUUAAAAUACCAAAAGCCUCUUCCUGGUCCAUUUCUCAAGUUUCUUUUGAUCACUGACAUUCAAUUCACAUUUAACAGCUUGGUCGGCUAGAGGGAAAAUUACAUUUACCUAAACGCCGAUUCCAUUAAUUUAGUGAGAAAUACAAGUCUCUGAGAACAAUAUAUUUCUGCUCGUAGCAUCUGUAGUUUUAUUUUUAGUAUACAUAUUUAUACAACAUAGGCUCUGAGAAGCGCUCACAGGAGGACAGAAGCAAAUCAGUGUUUCCGGCUGGGCCGCAGGGAAGGAGGGCUGUCAGCGCAUGAAGUGACAUGCUCACAGCUGUCACAUGCUGUACACUCAGUCGCUGACCGCACGUGUAUGUGAUAAAAGACAGGCUCAUUGUACAGGACAGGUUGCGUUGCUACGGCACGAGAACAACGCAUCAGCCACUGGCUCUGCAGGACCCUGAGUGGUCCCCACUCACACUCCUGAGGUCUCCCCUCCAUGGGUACAGCCCAGGUCCAGUUCCUUUGGCUCCAUCACGAAGUGCAGCAAGCCCCUGCUGCUCACGUAGUCUUAAACUUCCUGAGCAGGUUCCAACCGAAACGCAAGGGAGAGGUCAGGAGCCCCACAUGGAGGAGGGUGAGGAGCACGAGGGUCCCCACCGCCACACAGUAUGUGAUCAGCACUGUGUCCUCACAGGGCAGGUAGCACUUGGUGAGGGCGUACUCCGUGGGAGUCAGGCUGCCCUGCAGAAGGAGCCAGGCCAUUAGCUGCAGUGGCGGCCCCCUUGAGGCCAGGGGCAGAGCCGGCCACCCCUCUGCCCCCAAGUGCUGCGUCCCAGGGUGCUGAGUGCAGAUGGUCUGGGAGCUGACCUCCCCCUCAGGCCAGCCCCUGGCGCAGGGGGUGCCUCUACAACACGGGGGCAAGAGGAGAGGGUUCCAAGGAUCCUGGGGACUUAAGAUCAGUGGCUAUAGAGGAAGUAGCAGGACAGAGCUAUUUUUCAUGCCACUUGAUGCCGAAAUAAUGUGUUACCUAGAAAUGCAUGCAGUGGGGGCAUCUCGGAGGGCUCUUUUUUGGCAGACAUUUUUGUUGUAUGGAAUGACUGGGAAAUGUUCGUUUACUGUGGAUUUGAAAACAGGAGGUUUUCCCCAUCUCUUUAUGAAGCACCUGACACAAAAAGUAUUGUGACUUAGAUGCUGGACUCGGGGGGGCUGGGCAAAGAAAGGAGCUGAAACAUCAGGUCAUCACUAACUAACACCCUGACCCAAGUGCAGGAGCUGUCGUGUUUUUGUGCCAGAGCACAUGGCAUGUGUGGAAAAUAAGAUGAGUGACUGCAGCUGAUGAAGGAAAAUGACCCUGCUUCCUUAGAAAACCAAAGGCACUACAGGAUAAAGGGCUGUGGGGUACCCCCCGCAACUGUCCCCAGGGGGGUGUUCAUGCUGGGUGUGCUUGUGGGGCGAGUAUGCUUACGGUGUCUGUGUAUUUUCACAGGUUGCAGCAGUUACCUAGUUGAUUAGUGUGUCGAUUUCAUUACGUUAUGAAAGCUUUGAGAUGAAAAUAAAUGUUCACGUACCAUGAUGAAA